UAGGCGCCGCAUGCCGUUCCUCAAUCCCAAGAUGAGCUCGCGGCUCCAGGCCAUGUUCUACACUGUGGAGGUGGGCGACACCAAGUUCACCAUCCUGAAGCGUUACCAGAACCUCAAGCCCAUUGGGUCUGGUGCUCAGGGUAUCGUGUGGCAACUAUGAGCCUGAGUGUGUGGUGUGCGUUGAUGCAGUGAAGAAGUAGUUGCUUAGGCAGACACUGCUGUUCUGUACGUGAUCUGACUGCAUCACAAUCAUGUUCUACUCAAUGGAGGUCGAGGACACGCAGUUUUCGGUGCCGGAACGCUAUACGAAUUUGCAGCCGAAGGGCGUGGGGGCCCAGGGUAUGGUGUGCGCCGCAUAUGACACUAUGACACAACAGAAUGUGGCCAUUAAGAAACUAAGCAGACCAUUUCAGAAUGUUACCCAUGCUAAACGAGCAUACCGAGAAUUUAAGCUAAUGAAGCUUGUUAAUCAUAAAAAUAUUAUUGGACUUUUGAAUGCAUUUACACCUCAAAAGUCCUUAGAAGAAUUUCAAGAUGUUUAUCUUGUAAUGGAGUUAAUGGAUGCCAACUUAUGUCAAGUAAUUCAAAUGGAUCUGGACCAUGAAAGAAUGUCAUACUUACUGUACCAGAUGUUGUGUGGAAUAAAGCACCUUCACUCAGCGGGAAUUAUUCAUAGGGACCUGAAACCCAGCAACAUUGUUGUCAAGUCAGACUGCACUCUAAAGAUCUUAGACUUUGGAUUGGCAAGGACAGCAGGGACAACUUUCAUGAUGACACCGUAUGUUGUCACACGGUAUUAUCGGGCACCAGAGGUUAUUUUGGGCAUGGGCUAUAAAGAAAAUGUUGAUAUAUGGUCAGUAGGUUGCAUUAUGGGAGAAAUGAUCAGAGGUGGAGUUCUAUUCCCUGGAACUGAUCACAUUGAUCAGUGGAAUAAAAUUAUUGAACAACUGGGUACUCCUUCAUCAGAGUUUAUGAAGAGGUUACAACCUACAGUUCGGAGUUAUGUAGAAAAUAGGCCAAGACAUGCUGGGUAUUCAUUCGACCGCCUUUUCCCUGAUGCUCUAUUUCCGUCCGAUUCAAAUGAGCACAACAGGCUAAAAGCAAGCCAAGCUAGGGACCUUUUAUCAAAAAUGUUAGUAAUUGAUCCUGAGAAGAGGAUAUCUGUCGAUGAUGCGCUCCUGCACCCAUACAUCAAUGUGUGGUAUGAUGAAGGAGAAGUGAAUGCGCCUGCUCCUGGUCCAUAUGACCAUUCGGUGGACGAACGUGAUCACACUGUAGACCAGUGGAAAGAGCUUAUCUACUCUGAGGUCAUGGAUUAUGAAAAGCUCCAUAGUCAUCAAAACAGUGUGACUUCCCCUGCGUCGAGGUCAACACCCCAACCACCCGCCGAGGAUGUGGUGGAGGACAUGGUGGACGGCCAGAGAGCGGCUGCGCGACGGUAGAGCCUGGAGAGCGCAGUCGGCGACUUUUAAAGCAACUGGCCAGGAGGCCGGACCGAAUAAGCUGAAGCAUCCCAACGACUAUAUCUCGCCGACUACGCACAGUCCAGCAGCUCAGAAGUCACACUCACAAACUCUAUUCAAGUGAAAGGAAGACUAUGCUUCCCUCCUUUAAAAAAAAAAGAAGAAAUAUCUAUUUUACAAACUACAAGUGUUUGAUACAUGUGUGUGUGCGUGGUUGACUUGGUUUACUUGUGAUUGACUCAUCAAGAAAUGGGAAGGGAAACAGUCCAGCUUUGGAUGGAAUUAUGCUGUGGUGUGUGAACGUGUCUUGUAUGUUGUGUAAGAUUAGAAUCAAACAGUGGGGAUUAUUUCAAUAGACUUAAAAUUUUAAUUAAUUUUUAUUUCAAUUUUUCUGAUGAUUCAUGAAUUUUCUUAUGUGUGAUUUGGAAGUUAGUGCAUUUUGCACCAUGUGCCAGAUCUCAGGGCGGACUUUUGCGUGUUGCGACGACACGCUAGUCACAACACUGAUUCCUUUCUAAUAUCGUUCGUAAUUAUUUUUGAGUUCAACUCUGUGGACAUUCUCAACCAAAUUCCUGACCCCAUUUUUUUUAUUUUUUGUAGCAAAUUUGUAGAGCUUUCUUGCCACUUCUUAAGUGCUGUGAGAGUUAUAUUAUGCUACAAUGGAUGAUUUUGGUGUUGGAGAGUACCUGAUGUACGUUGCAAUCAGUCCUACCCCAACAUGUUAUCGAUAUUAGAUGUAAACUCAAAGUAUUACCAAAGAACUGUAUACAAAACACCAUCUUAAACACUAGGGAGUCUAAAUGCUUAAUUUAUAGCUCUGGGUAUGGAUGGUGUGGUUCCCUGCUCAUGAUUUUCCACUGUUCCAAUCAAAGGUAGUGAAACAAUAGGUAAAAUGUUGAGGUGUGAAAAGGGCUUUUCUGGACGCAGCCCUCUUAGCUUUAAGUGAGAGUGCAAGUGCAAUAGGCUAAGGUGUAAAGCAAAUUAACUUUGUGCCACAGCCAUGUUUUAUAUUGUUGGUUGGCACAGUUUCGUAAAUUGAUUGUUGCCAUUUGGAAGUUUGAUAAGGCAUAGCUUCCAGUAUAAUUACUUGCUUUGGUCCGAUCCAAUUAAAAUUAGCUUUUUGUAUGAAAUCCGGUAUUAAAAUGGUAUGCAUUGUUGAUAGGAAAGAAGUGGUGUUUUCUUAUGAUGCGGCAUUCAGUUUUGUAUCUUGUUUUUCAUUUAUUCUGUUUAUUUAUUCUAUUCUAAUUAUGUAUUUCUCCUCUGUGAUGUAUAGGGCAGAAUGAGAUGUUGGAAGCUAGGACUUGUUGUCAAAAGACAAAAAAAAUAUAUAUAAAUAUACUUGUUUAGAAGGGAUGUUUUGUGUACUCUGAAUGUUAAAUCUGCCCAUGUGUGAUGAGACUGGAUACUGAAGUUAAUAUUCUUAAUGAAUUUGCCUUUUGCUAACCGCAUUAACAGCUGUGUCCAGGUUGGGUUGUGUUCUUUAUUCAAUAUCACCAGGAUUACCUGUGCUCCAUAAUAUGGCACAAGAGAUUUGUCAGUAUUCCAUUCAUCUUGUUUUUUAGUUCACCAUUUUGGACUUCCAAACGAGUGAUAAAUUGUUUUUAUUUUUUGUUUUAGAAUUUUGAAUUGUGACUUACGUCUUCUAGGGAAAAUUGAGUGGGAGAAUACGGUGUAUUUUGCCAUUAGGUCUUUGUGGGAAUUUUAAUUGAUGUGCACUUCUACUCUGCUGGGUUCUCUACUGUGAGUAUUUUUGAACACCUACAGACUGGUUUUUGAAAAGAUGUAUUUUGUAUGAAUGUGGCCCUACCCCAUUUUAAUUGUUUUUUUAAAUCAUUAUUUUUAUUUUUUUAGUUGAAGGGUCUAAUACUGGCAAAGAACUACAUGUAAUCUGUACCUAUGUAUAUAUGACAUGUCCUGCUCCCAGCCCUCAUUUGUGAAUUAUUUAUAUAUUAUGGUUAUAAUUGUAGUUAUAUGAAGGCAGUAUGUUAUCAUUCUUAGUGUGUAUUGUACUCUGACACCUGCUGUAGAUUGUUUUUCCAUGUCUUUGAGUACAAAGUUAUUUGUAUUGAGGGUUUACGACUAAAUGAUGUUGCAGUUUGAAGAAAAGCUUUGAAAUGUCAUCUGUCCUGUACUUAAUAGCCCAUUAAUAAAGAUAGUCAUUCAAAGUUUCAA